UUAUGUGUAAGAAAAAAGUUAGAUCUACCAAAAUGUGAACUAAACUUGCCUUUCUUGGGCUAUGUAGUUAGCUGCUAUAUAAACUGUCACCUUGGCAAAGCAAUUUCCAACAUUGAUAACCAUAUAAGCUUCUCUUCACAACCCACAACCCACCCACCCCAAAAUAAAACCAAAAAAAAAAAAAAAAAAAAUCUUAAUUUGUUGUACACGCACAAAUGGGUCCGAAUUUCAAUGAUGCAAACUCACUCUUCAAAUUUGUAGUCCAGGAUGGAAAUGGAGUUAAAGGCUUGGUAGAUGCAGGCCUAUCAAAAGUACCUCACCAAUACAUACAGCCACCGGAAGAGCGUAUCGAAAAGCAAAGUGCAAGCUCUACUGGGCUCUCACCCAUUGACUUGUCGAAGUUGGAUGGACCUGACCAUGACAAAGUGGUGGAGGAGAUCAUUGGAGCUGCUGGAAAUUUAGGGUUCUUCCAAGUUGUUAACCAUGGUGUUCCUUUGGAGUUGUUGGAGUCUCUUAAAGAAUCCGCUUACAGUUUCUUCGGACAAGAACCCGAAAAGAAGGCAGUUUAUCGGAAAGGUUCGAGUCCUAGCCAGAACGUCAAGUAUGGGACUAGCUUUGUGCCUGAAAAAGAGAAGGCUUUGGAGUGGAAGGACUAUAUCAGCAUGGUUUAUACCAAUGAUGAUGAUGCUCUUAGUUAUUGGCCAAAGGAAUGCAGGGAAGUGGCACUUGAAUAUCUAAGGACAUCACUAAACAUGGUGAAAAAAAUACUCCAAGUUUUGAUUGCAAAUCUUGGAGUUGCGGAAGAAGAUUCAAACAAAACAAUUGACUCGCUCAUUGGGUUGAAGAUGGUAAACAUGAAUUACUAUCCCAAAUGCCCUAACCCAGAGCUCACUGUUGGGGUUGGUCGUCACUCAGACUUGGGCUCCUUAACAGUCUUACUACAAGAUGGAAUUGGUGGUUUAUAUGUUAAACUUGAAGAAGACAAAAAUGGUAAAAACCAAGGAGGGUGGAUAGAGAUUCCUCCUAUAAAUGGUGCUUUGGUCAUUAACAUCGGUGAUACUUUACAGAUACUGAGUAAUGGGAAGUACAAAAGUGCUGAACAUAGAGUACGUACCACAAGUACCAAAUCCAGAGUUUCAAUUCCGAUAUUCACAAUUCCAAAACCAACUGAGAAGAUUGGACCACUGCCUCAGGUGGUGGAGAGGAAUGGUCUGGCUCGGUAUAGAGAAGUGGUAUUUGAGGACUACAUGAAGAAUUUCUUUGGGAAUGCUCAUGAUGGAAAAAAGUCUCUCAAUUUUGCUGAGAUCUAAUUAGCUAUUAACUUAUAGAAGUUUCGUAUAGUUUAAUUUGAUAUUAAUUUCUUGUUCAGCUUAAAUAUUAAUUUGUUUAUUGAUUCUGCUGUGCUAUAGAUUUUUACCACAGACACGCUGUCUACUCAUUGUUAUAAUGAGAAUAAUUCGUCAAUAAAAUCAGUUGCCUAUUUGA